AUGACUACCAACUUUGAUGAUUCUGUAGAAUCUUUAAAGCAAAGAGGUAAAAAUGUAUAUAUUUCGAAACUCUUCAAUUUACAAUUUAAAAAAAAUAGUAAUAAUCAAGAAACAAAUACUACUAAACCGAAUGAUAAUGAUAAUGAUAAUGAUAACAACAGUACAGAUAGAAACAAUUUUGGAUCCAAUGAUCUGGGAAACCCCAAUUAUGAUUCUAAUAUGAAUCAAAAUAUGUAUGCAACUACAAAUAAUAAUAACAAUGAUGGUUCUUUGAGUAGAGGUAUUGAACCAAAUAUAGAAUACAUACCUUCAAUAAAUCAAAAUGAAAAGAAUAUGUCCGAACCUAUUUUAAGGACAGAUCUCACUAAUGAACCGGAUACAAAAUUUAAUAAAUUUAAAAAUAUGUUUCAUGGACAUAAGAUAAAUACACAUUCUACGCAAAUAUUUAAAAAUAAAUUACGUGCAAUCUCAAAGACUAAAUCAUCAUUAGGAGACACAGAUCAAAAUGUUACUCAAAACAAUGAUCUUGAUAUGGAUGAAUUUGACGUUAAUUCAGACAAUUCAAUAGAAGAAUCUCUAAUUGAAUUUCCCUCGAUUAAUAUAUCGAGUAAACUUACAAUAGAUUCGGAUAGUCAUACAAGAAAUAGUAGCGGUUAUAGACAUGAUAUAUCACCACCUACAACAAACGCUGAGUUGACACCAUCAAUCAAUUAUCAAAGUAACAGUAACAACGUUUUUGAGCUUGGAAAUAAUCCACAUGCAUACUCUGAUAGAGUACAUACAUCAAACGAUAAGAUCACUAGAUUUCGUUCCCCAUCAAACCCAACAGUUUCUAGUAUUGCAAAUAGAUCAAACAAUAUGUCACCUGUGGCUUCCAUCGACACUAGAUUGAGAAGUGAAUCUCAAACAGAAUCCUUUAGCUCUACAAAUCCAUUCCGUUCGGAAGGUGCAAGCCAGACCAAUGUAUCAAUGACAUCAAAUAAUCCAUUUUUUACAGUCUCAGGAUCGGUAUCUCCAACUUUAACUCAAAAUACCAGUAACAAUUUUCCAAAUGUGGAUAAACAACCUCCGACAAAUAUUACACCUAUUAAGAAAUAUCACAGAAACUUAAGUAAUGUUUCUCUAAAUGAAAUUAAGGAAAAUGAGGAACUUGAACAAUUUAGAACAGCAAGUAUGAAUAAUAAUUUAUUUGGAUUGAGUAAUCAGUCCUCUUUUAUUUCAUCUGCACCUGGUAGUAGAACACCUUCCAUUAUAACAACUGUAUCCGAGAGCAAUGUUCAAGGAAUAUCGUUAAGAAAGCAACGCUCAGAUUCUCUGAAUGAAUUAGCAUCUAAUUCUAAGAUUUUAAAUAAUGUUGAGAAGGACUAUUUCUCAUUACAAAGAUCUCCAAAUAUUUCUGACAGACGGGCUACAAUUUUUAGUAGAUCAUCAGCAGAUAAUAAUUCAUUUACAGGUCUUGCACCAAAAAGGUCUAAUAGACUUCGUACGAAAUCAUUUAGUAAUAAAUUUAAAGAUAUAACCGUCCAACCUAGUUCAUUCAUCAAAAUACGAAAAUUAGGUGAAGGAGAUGUUGGAAGAGUUUAUUUAGUACGAGAGAAGAAGACUGAUAACUUAUACGCUAUGAAAGUAGUUUCGAAGAAGGAAAUGAUUAAACGUAAGAAAACGAAACGAAUUCUGGCUGAACAGGAAAUUUUAGCUACGAGCAAUCAUCCUUUUAUCGUGACAUUAUACCACACAUUCCAAACAGAAGAACAUUUAUUUUUUUGUAUGGAGUACUGUGUGGGAGGAGAAUUUUUCCGUGCAUUACAAACAAGAGAUUCAAAGUGCAUUUGUGAAGAUGAUGCCAAAUUUUACUUGUGUGAGGCUAUAGCUGCUUUGGAGUAUCUGCAUCUAUUGGGUUUCAUAUAUAGAGAUUUGAAACCAGAAAAUAUUUUGUUACAUCAAUCAGGUCAUAUAAUGUUAUCUGAUUUCGAUUUAUCAAUUCAAGUCCCUAACUCAAAACUACCUUCAUUACAAGGCUCGAAUGUCGAUACUAACUUAUCAUCUGAUAAUUUUAAAACAAAUUCAUUUGUAGGGACCGAGGAGUAUAUUUCACCAGAUGUAAUACGAGGUAAUGGUCAUAGCGUUAGUGUUGAUUGGUGGACGUUGGGUAUCCUAUUGUAUGAGAUGUUGUAUGGUUUCACACCAUUCAAAGGUAAUGAUAUCAAUGAAACAUUCUCAAACAUCCUGAAAAAGAACGUAAAAUUUCCAAACAACGUUUCUGUGUCUCGUGUUUGUAAAGAUCUUAUCAAAAAAUUAUUAAUUAAAGAUGAAAACAAAAGAUUAGGAUCAAAGAAGGGGGCAGCAGACUUGAAAUCACACCCAUGGUUUAAGAAAGUUGCGUGGUCAUUUUUAAGAAAUCAACCACCGCCCUUAAUUCCUGUUUUAACAUCCAAUGGUUAUGAAUUGACAAGUCCAACAAAUAGAUAUAUUGGGCAAGAUACUGUGGAUACUAUUAAUAGUGAUGAUGAUGACUACCAUACUGAAGAAAUAGAAUAUGAUGAUGAUUUAUCAGAGGAGGAUCCAUUUCAUAAUUUUAACUCCAUGAGUUUGCUGAAAUCUGAGGAUGGCAGUGAAAAAAUGAAAUUUACUGAUAAAAUAUCAUAUGAUAAUGUAACAUAUGCAAUAAAUAACUGUAGGCUACGUAGUGAUAGUGGUAGCAGUGGUGGUAGAAAAUUCUUCAAUAGAUGA